GGCGUUCGGGCAGCGAGUGAUCGAGGGAUGCAUGCAUGUGAUCGGAGAUCGAUUCGCCGUGCGAUCUCCAGUCCCUCUCCGUCUGCUUGUUACUCUCGUACCCAACAGGUGAAGCAGACAUACAAAACGAAGCCAUGACAGUGGACGUCGACCCUACAACCCAGGCGAACUACACCAGCAUCGCCUCAGAACAUGUCCACUUCGACUGGACCAUCGACUGGGCCAAGCAGGUCAUCUCCGGAUCCGUCACCCACACUCUAACAGUGAGGGAGGACGGCGUGGACGAGCUGGUUCUGGAUGCACUCGCUCUGGAUGUGCACAAGGCGUUCGUUGAGACAAGAGGUCAAGGUCAGUCCGACAAUUUCACGCUGGGUCCCAGCCAUCCGGUUAUGGGCGCAGCGCUCCAUGUGCCCCUGCCGUCCGGCCUCAAAGUAGGUAACACAGUCAAGAGCACGAUCCACUACAGCACCACCAAGGACUGCAUGGCGCUCCAGUGGCUGGACAAGGAGCAAACCCAAGGCAAGACCUUCCCCUACCUCUUCAGCCAGUGCCAGCCCAUCUACGCGCGGAGCCUCGCGCCGCUGCAGGACACGCCGUCCGUGAAGAUCGUGCACCUACUCCGCGAACGUAGCUCCACCAUCCCCGUCCUCCUCUCCGCCAUCCGCGCCUCGCCGCCCUCCGACGGCCCCGCACACGACGGGAAGGUGAUCGGCAAGGACGUCGUGACCUACACCUACAACCAGGCAAUGUGCUACCGCGUGCCACGAUCGAGGCAGAGUGGCGCUGGUGUGGCCGAGCCCGAGUUCGUCGACGCUGCGUACUGGGAGUUCGGCGAUGCGAUCAACAACUUCAUGUUGAAGGCGGAGACCGUGCUUCCGCCGUACAGAUUUGGUGUGUACGACGUACUCGUUCUGCCCCCUUCGUUCCCGUACGGUGGAAUGGAAAACGCAUGUUUGACGUUCCUCACGCCAACACUCCUCGUCGGCGAUCGUUCGCUAGUCGAUGUCGUGGUCCACGAGCUCUCUCACUCAUGGUUCGGCAACGGUGUAACACAAGCGCACUCGACCCACUUCUGGCUGAACGAAGGCUGGACGACGUGGAUGGAGCGGCUGAUCCUGCAGCUGCUGCACGGGCCCGCCGAGCGCGGCUUCAACUACCUGAUCGGGUACAAGUCUUUGAAGGACGACCUCGAGCUGUACAAGGACCGGCCGAAGGCGAGGACCCGGAUGACGCGUACAGCAAAGUCCCAUUGGAUGGGGCUGCAGAACAGACUCUGGGCGGGCUGGAUGUUUCUUCCGUAUAGCAUCACCACUGCCGAGUGGAAGUCGCAUUACAAGAUCAAGGCGUUGGACAGCAUCGACUGGGAUGGCUGGCUUUACGGAGAGGGCACAGAACUGCCCGUCAAAAUGCAGUACGACGUGACGCUCGCCGAACAAUCGGCUUCGGCUCCAACCAGAUCGGUGUGUCGCUUUCCUUCCAUGACCGGACUUCUUGCUAACGCGCGGCCCAUCUGCAUAGUCGUCUUCCUCGAACGCCUCCACAGCUACCCCGCCCUGCCCGCCACGCAUGUCACGCUCCUCGGCAGCCUCUACAAGUUCUCCACGACGACGAACGCCGAGAUCCGGCUGCGCUUCUACGAGUCGUCCGCGGCGAAGACGCUCGCGCCCGAGGCGGCCAAGUGGGUCACGGGCGAGGACGGCACCGGCGUCGUCAAGGGACGCAUGAAGGACGUCAGCAAGGUCGACCGGGACCUGGCCCGGCUCAUCGAAAAGGAUCUUGGUUUAGCAUGAUUCACGCAAGUACAGUUGAGAGCAUUUCCCACUUGGACAUCCUCUCCCGUUGAGUGUGGUAGCAAUAUACAAACAAAUGACAGGGAAUCCAAUCCCACUGAUAUAAGAAC